UCAGCAACUCGAAUUUAUGGUGUCUGUAUUAACAUGUUAUUGUAGGCUGUUCUGUGAUCAGAUAGUUGAAUAAAACCGAAUAAGAAAUAGAUUCAAGGUGUGAAAUUAUGGGUUCAUUAAAUUAAUUUCGUCCAUCUUCGGGAAGUUUAUAUUUUCAGUUGUGGCGACAUUGGUCAGUGUGGUAACAAAUGUCUGGUGGUGUCGUGUUAAGUAAAGUUGUGCAGAGGAAGGAAGUGUUAUCUUCAGGUGAUGACACCGACAGCAGAAAAUGCGUCACUUAAUUCAUCGAUCAUUGAUUUAAUGUGGUAUUAUGUGUAUGAAUUAUCAAAUUGGGUGCUUGGUGUGUUGGGCCUGACUUCAAAUAUCGCAGUUGAUUCGUGGUCUGCCUAUUUCAUAGGCGAUUGCUAUGCCAGUGUUAUUAAUUGGUUAGCUUUUGAUGAAUUUCAGAUUAAACUAUUGAAAGGAUUCUUGUUUAUCUUAUGUGCAAAUAUAUGCUUAAUUUAUAUGUCUUGGAAAAUAUAUGGCAAAAGGAUAUCAGAGAAGUUUAUGAGACCGGUAACAUCAAAGACUAUUGAAGAUUUAAAAAGGAGCGUGUCAUCGUUGAAGCUUCCCAAAGAACAUUCACCAAGAGUUUAAGUGAUAUUAUUGCCUAAGAAGAUAUAACAGCAGUAUGGCUGAUAAAAUAAAGAAGUUUUUCCAGAAAAAGAAGGUGGAUGCGAGGUUUAAGUUAGCAGGUCCAGGUCACAGAUUGACUGGUGAGAAUACUUCUCAGAAUAGGACUGAUUCUCGUAGUUCCUACACUGUUGCUCCACGUUCGGCUCCAUCUACAGAGUCCAGACAAGCAGCUGCAGCUGCUCUUGCACGACUAGACGGGCAAAAGCAGGACCAUGCAGGAUUUAAUACUUCUCUUGCGGCUAUUCAGGCCCAGGUGCGAAGGGAACUUGAAGCUGAAAAGAAAGCAGCAGCUUUAGCAGAAAAGGAGGCUUCACUUGCAGAUGCUCAGCCAGGACAGCAGGACGAGUCAUCUUCACCCUAUUUAGCUGUCACAGGAGUCUUCUUCAGAUGUCCAAUGAUUGGUCCAGAUAUAUUGACCAAAGAAGAAUGGAAUAUGAAGAUUAAAGAGUUCCUUUAUGAUCAGCUGGAAGAGGAGCGUGGACUUACAGCAUGUCUGAUUAUCCACACAUGUAAUAAGAAUAGAGAAAAGGUUGCACAGUGUGUGGACACACUAUGCAAGUACAUACAGAACAUAAUCCAGAACCCAGCAGAAGAGAAGUUCCGGAAGAUUCGCAUGUCAAACAGAAUAUAUCAAGACAGGGUUGCUCCCCUGGAGGGUACACAGGACUUCCUCAUAGCCGCCGGGUUUAAAGUCAUGAGGAUACCAUUUCAAGAUGGAGAGGAAGACUUCUGGGUGUUUUCAGAAGAUAAUCUGGAUAACAAUGAAACAUUACAAAUAUUGUAUGAUGCACUACAAAGCGCAGAACCCAUUUCUCUAGAGCUUGACCGUAACCUUCAGGUUCUGUUGCCCUCGCAAGCAGCAAAGCGAACUGAUCUUCCUCCUGUGUUCUUCAACAUCACAGCAGAUGAGUUGAAGAGAGAACAGCAGAUGAGAGCCGAGGUAAUUGAGAGAAGUCUGAUGCUAAGGACAAAAGCCAUGAGAGAGAAGGAGGAGCAACGCGAGAUGCGUAAAUACAGAUAUGCUGUUAUCAGAAUUCGGCUCCCAGAUGGCAUUCUUCUGCAGGGCACAUUCUCUGUCUAUGAGAAACUUGAUGCAGUCAAUAAGUUUGUGAGAGAAAACCUGCUUAGUGAAGAGUUGCCAUUCAUACUCACGACUCCAACAGGUCACCGCUUGUCUGAUGAAGAUGCUGACAAGAACCUCGCAGAUCUUCGCUUGGCUCCAGCAACAAUCCUUGUAUUCUCAUUGGAUCCCUCUAUUACAGAAGAGGUGGGGAGGGGACAGCAGACUAUGUAUUUGAAACCAGAGAUCAUGAUACUUGUGCAGCCUGUGUAGCUGUAUUCAAUGUGCUAUAGCAUUCCUUUUUUCCUUAGUAAAUUCUGGAGUUCUAAGUAUUUAUUUUCAUAGUUUAUUGAGAUGUAUUUGGCUUCAAGAAUAAACAUGGCAAAGAUUGAUCACAAGUUCAUUUAGAAAAAUAUAGUGAUUCAACAGAAAUUCAUCUUAAUUGGAUGCUGAUACAGUACAUAAUACAUCUGUUCAGUGAAGUCAUAAUGAUGCUGAAGAAAAUCGUCUUCUGGGAUCUGGCGCCAGAUCCCAGAAGACGACUCUCUUCAUAGUCAUCGCCGUGAAAACCUCAAAACUUCAUAAUGAUGCUGUUUGGGAUUAUGUAGAUAGAGUGCGCUAGCAGAGUACUGCACAUGGUAGUUCCCCUGAAAUGAAGGAGAGGACAGACCUAUACAGUGGGGUGGUUGGGGGUUAAAGUCUCACAUUGGAAUUGGAAAGUGAAGUGAGCAGGGGUGGUGCCCCAGUAAGACAUGUUUUAGUUCGUCCUCAGGGCAAUGUACUUGCUAUAAUAUCAUAGAUAAAAAAAUGUUAAUAAUGUAGGUACCUCCUUGUUCCAUCUUGUAAUUAUGAAAAUUAAUCAAUUUCUGCAGUAAUUCUUUAAUUGCUUCAACCAUUGAGUGUUAAUUUUUGCUGGCCUGAUGGGUCAGCAUAGUUCGGUUAUUAUUAUAAUUGGCUGCAGAUUAUAUGGGUGGGGUAUGGUUUCUGGUAUGGAGUGGAAAUUUUCUCAUUGGUACCAUAUCCAAACUUAUUCUGUUCCCCAUCCAGCAGGUACUUCAGGAACUUUGAGCUGGCUAGGGCAUGAUGAUAAUAACUUCCCUCUUAUCCCAUGUAGCAGUUAAGAAUGCAUGGAGCUCCCACAUAUAUAUUGCACAGUAAUGGGGUAUGGUCUUGCUCUGGUUUCCAGGAGGGAAGCAAAUAAGCUUAGUUCAGUUCUGUCUCCUGGGUGUCAGAUUUCAUUUUUUCUAGCCAGUAGGAUGUAAGGUAUCUACAUCUUUAUAGCUGUAGUAAAUUAAGUCAAAUUAGUUGCAUAAUGCAACAUCAUGUUCAUUGUGGUCUCUCUGCAUGCCUCAAAAUCCAUGAUAUACAGGCUUUUUACAAGUAACUAAUAAGAAAUCCUCUGUUUUCUUGCAACAAAUAUUGAUGGUCUGCUUCAUCAUAUUUAUUUCUUAAAUAAAAAAACCAAAGUGUAUAAAAUAUUCACAUUUAUUUCAUGUAAUGACCAAAGAUAACACAAACAAUGUACUUUGUGUGACAAUUUUUUUCUGUUCACAUGGGAAAGAUAACAUUGUGAUGUGCUGCAGCAGUCUUGCUUCAGUGAGAAUCAGUUCUCCUCUUCUCUGCACCUUCUGUGUCUCACCACAUGUCAGUUUGUGGGAACUUAUAUAAAGUACAUUACAAGGAGAGUCAGUAAAUAAGUCACAAAUGGAAAUAAACACAAAACAUGUGAUAUUUGAACCUGGAAAAAACAUUUAUUUCUCAACAUGGCCUCUGCCAACAUUGAUAUACUUGUCCCAUCGCUUUACCCUUGCAUCAAAACCGACAGAAUACAAGCCUUUGGCUGUUGUCUCAGCCAUUUCCUCACUUCUCUUUCCACCUCUUUGUCAUCAGUGAAACAUUUGUCACCAAGGUGGUUUUUUAGCAGAACAAACAGAUGGAGGUCACUAGGGGCCAAGUCCAGGCUGUAAGGUGGAUGUUCAGAAAGUUCUCACAGUAGUUCUUGAAUUCUCUCCUGGGUUGCUCGGGCUGUAUGGGGUUUCACAUUCUCAUGCCAGUUGGCCUGGAUGAUUUCCACGAAUUGUAUUCCGAAGCUCCAACAGCACUUCACAGUAUAGUACAGAAUUCACAUUUUUACCAUGCUUCUGAAAAUGGUCUAACAGUAUCCCAAAAUACGAUAAGCAUAACCUUCGCAGCUGAUGGCAUAACAUUAAACUUCUGGUUGAAGGUGAACUGGGAUGUUUUCAUUGCAUUGAAGCACUCCUUGAUUUGGGUUGGUAGUGAUGCACCCAUGAUUUGUCCCCAAUAACAGUCCUCUUAAGCAUGUUUUCUCCUUCAUCUGCAUACCAUGAGAGAUGUUGCAAGGACAGACCUAUUUGAUCAAUUUAUUCUCGAUCCUUCAGUUCUCAGGGCACCUACCAUGCACACACUUCCCAAUAUUUCAAAUAAUCAUGCAUUAUGCUGUAUGCCAAACUGUGGGAAGACCCUAAAGUAGUUGCUACACUGUCUGUCAUUAUCCUGCUGUCAGCUUGAAUUAAUUCUUCCACCUACUGCACAAUGGCUUAUGUUGCAAUGAACAGGGCGGCCUGGUUGAGCAUCAUUUGCAACUUUCGAACAUCCUUGAGAUAACUUCUUGACCCAAUUGUGAACCGCUUUACAUGACAAAAACUUCCCACUGUAAACAGGAAACAUUUCUUUAUAAAUAUCCUUUGCAGUGAGCCCUUUUGCUCACAAGAAAUGCACAGGAGAACGCUGCUGUUCGGUAGUACACUUCUCAAGCAUGGUCGCCAUUUUGACUACUGAAACGAGGCACGUGUGCAUGUGCUUCAGCUUCCUAGACUGUAA